UGCCUUUAAUUUGUAAAUCUCAAAGCCAUUUGCAAUACGUGUGUGGACUACAAUUCCCAUCUUCCCUGACCACUGGUCCUGUUAGCUAGGGAUCAUGGGAGUUGUAGGCCAAAACAUCUGGAGGGCCACAGUUUAGGGAUGUCUGAUCUAAAUAGUAAUAAUUUCAGGAACAACAGCAGCAAGAAUAAAAAAUAAAUCUUGCAGUGAGAGUCAGUAAAUAAACAGAAAUAUCUUUUAACUGCUUGCAAAGGCAUGCAAUGUUUGUAGGGUGAUAACUGAUGCUACAGUAGAGGUGGUUAAUAUUAAAAGCAGGUAGUCUUUCAGAUAUUAGGGCUUUAAACACCAAUGUGAUCAUCUUGAAUUGCACCUGGAAAUGAAGGCAACCAGUGCAACUAUUUUAGGAUGGGUUAAAUCAGACCUAAAUGGAACCUCAGCCUGCAAGCUGGCUGCUGCAUUUUGUACCAUCUGAAGUCUCUACAUCAUCUUCACUACACUAAUACAGUCUGGAAGUUGGCAGAACAUGGAGUACAGUAGCCAAAUAAUCUCCGUCCAAAAGAAAUCAUAGGUGGCAAACCAGCUGGAGCUGAAAAAGGCACGCCUAGUCACCAAAACCGUCUGAGCCUCCAGUGAUAGUGAUGAAUGCAGGAGCACCCCAAAGCGGCAAACCUCCUUCCAUCCAGGGUGGUCUGCUAAGGGCUUAGUAUUUAUUUUUUAAGCAAUUAUUUUUUAAGCAAUAAAAGUUUGGGUGAAAUAAAAAUGUCAGUCGAUGUCUGAUUAAUAAUAAUGUAGACUUCAGAAAUAACUAUGAGUAAAAGUGUUCCUGCAAGUAUUUUGGCUCCAAGUCAUUUAGGACAUUAUAAAACAAGCCGCAGCUUAAAUUGGACCUUUUAAGAUACUGAUGCUAAAUGAUCCCAUUUGGCUGUCCCAGAGUUAACCUGACAGCUGUACUCUCCAGCAAUAAUCCAACUGCUAGGUCACCAGACACAGGCUACUUGUAACAAACUGUCUUGGUCUAAGAACAGCUCUUAUUCACUGCCUGGAAAGCCUUUGCUAUGGUGUUCUGCAUGCUUAAGCAGCACAUGCUAAAGAGCAAAGCAUAAUUUUUAACUGACGAUAGGAAAUCCCUGCAGUAGUUAGAAAAUGCUGCAAGGCGAGACAGAAAGGUACGAUAUCCAGUAAAUGGCGGAGGCGAUAUAAAAAACAAAAAUCGACUUUUAGCUUAAGAAACCUUCCCGCAUCCCACACCGGUCCUCUUUCCGCUUACAGGCCACCCACCCUCUUACCUGGGUAAGGCCCCAUCCCGAUCAAGCACCAUUAGGGCAACUCAUAAGGCAAGGGGUGCGUACACACCAUACAGUUUUACAUUUGAAAGGUUUCCUCCCACACCCCCCCCCAAAAAAAUAAAAGCAAUGAGAACUGUAGUUUCCUCCUCUCAGACCUACAGUUCCCAGCGUCAUUAUCAAACUGCAGCUCCCGAGAUUCUUGGGGUGGUGCGUGCUUUAAAUGGAUGAUCUGCUUCUCCUGCGGUUCCUCCUUAGACAGUCUCUCCUGAUCCCAACUCUCUGAUGGAGAAGUGACAUUUUCUUCCAAGCUCAGCAACAAACAGCCCACAGCGUCCCUCCAUUUCCGCUGGGCGGGCGCAGCUUUUGAGCUUUGGUGAAGCUCCACCUUCUCCUCCCUUCCAUCGAUGUUUUCGGCUUUCCCGAGCACCGCCUGGCUCUUUUUGCCUAGGCUUGAUGAGCGUAGCCUGGCGCCGCGGCUGCCGAGCUGUCGCUUCUGGGUUCAGGCCGGUUUAUGUGCGGUGAGCGGCCCGGGCUGUGGGUUGGCGGCUCCAUCUUUGCUGGCGCCGGAGUCAUUGUGGAGCAGCAGCCGCCGAGGCAGCGUUAGGCAUUCGCGUCGGCGGCGGCGGAACUUCGCUCCCCGUGAUCAAUCGCAUCGUGGAGCGUAGGCGCCGCGGACAGUCGCCAUGAGCGCCGAGGAUGAGAUCAUUCGCAUCGCGAAGAAGAUGGACAAGAUGGUGCAGAAAAAGAACGCGGUGCAAGUUGGCAGAGGUAAUUUUGCACAUAUGGAUUUUCAAAAAUCGAGAGCAGUUGAGUAAGAUUAGAGAAUAAAGGCUGGGGCUCUUGACUUACUCAAAGAACUUAAGAAUAUGCCCAUGACUCUGGAGUUAUUACAGUCUACAAGAAUUGGAAUGUCAGUGAAUGCAAUACGCAAGCAAAGCACAGAUGAAGAAGUUACAUCCUUAGCAAAAUCUCUCAUUAAGUCGUGGAAGAAGUUAUUGGAUGGACCAGCAAAUGAUAAGGAUUCUGAAGAAAAGAAAAAAGAAGCAGCUUCUUCAUCACAAAACAGUCCUGAAGCAAGAGAAGAAAGCAGUUGCAGCAGCAACUCUAGCAGUAAGAAAGAAGAAGCUAAUGCUUCCUCAGAAUCAUUUAUUUCCUCCUUUCCUCGAGCUCCAAGCACAUCUGAUUCUGUACGGAUGAAAUGCCGAGAAAUGUUAGCGGCAGCUCUCAAAACAGGAGAUGAUUAUAUUGCUAUUGGUGCUGAUGAGGAAGAGCUGGGUUCUCAAAUUGAAGAAGCUAUAUUUCAAGAACUAAAAAAUACAGACAUGAAAUACAAAAAUAGAGUACGCAGCAGGAUAGCAAAUCUUAAGGACACUAAGAAUCCUAAUCUAAGAAAAAAUGUUUUAUGUGGGAAUAUACCUCCUGACAGGUUUGCUAAAAUGACAGCAGAAGAGAUGGCAAGUGAUGAACUGAAAGAGAUGAGAAAAAAUCUUACCAAAGAAGCCAUAAGAGAGCAUCAAAUGGCUAAAACAGGAGGAACUCCGACUGAUCUCUUUACAUGUGGCAAAUGUAAAAAGAAGAAUUGUACUUACACUCAGGUUCAAACUCGAAGUGCUGAUGAACCUAUGACAACAUUUGUUUUGUGUAAUGAAUGUGGAAACAGAUGGAAGUUCUGCUAGAAGAAUAAAUUCUUGAAAUCUGGACCAGUAUGAAAGAGGAUUUUAUAAUUAGCUUUAAGAACUAGGUCAAGCAUCUAGAUCCCUGCAAAAGUUUUUGGCUUUCCUUUUCCUUUCAUGCAGACAUCUCUGAAGUUAAAUUUUGGAUUUUGACACAGCCACCCUGUAGUUAAUAGUCUGUAGAGCCAGGAAGCUCAAUUGUAUGGUGUAAUUUCGAUAUCCCCCCUCCCAUUUUUAUAAGCAAGUCUACAUUAAACUUUUAUUAAUGACAUUUGGGUAACUGCUUUUUUUCUUAACUUUGUGAACAAAGAGUUGUAUAUCUCUGCAUUUGGCAUAUCCAGCUGAUUUUUUUUCUUGUAGAAUAAAAUUCAUAUUUAAUAGUACAUUCCAUGUUAACCAUUUUGGUGUGUUAGAUUAAAUAGUUUUGCUUUAUACUCUCAUAAUAAACUAUAAUUUGUGUGGGUUACUAGACUGCAUAAACCAUUUUUUCAGUGGCCCUCAAUUCUUCAUUAAAAAAUCUGAUUAUUUGUAACACACACAUACCUCCUAUUAGAUUAUCAAACUUUUUAUGUUUUUGAAACCUGCAUUGCUCUAUCCAGUUUAAUGUGCAGCCUUGAAGCAUGUGCUUUAUUAUAUUGUAUUUAGUUCUAGAGAAAUUCCUUAAUGGUUAAUUUGAACUUACUGUUUAGUUUCAUUUUUAUAUUCUAUAAAUGAACAAAGAUGCUCUGUAGUAUGCUGCCUUCCUGAAGAUGUAAAGCUAAUAUUUACAAAUUUAAAGUGGUAUUAGUUCUUGUGAACUCUUAAUGACCAGCUCUUUUUACAUGUAGAGUUGCUGAUUUCUUAGACCUGAGGUCAAAAAUAAAUUUAUGGUUUUUCACCA